AUGCCUGCGCUCGAUUCACUCGCGAUAGCAACGCAGAGGCAGGUCCUCGAGCGACGAGACUGGGCCUCCGAGAACCCUGGCCCUAUCCUGGUAUUUUGCAUCGUUUUUAUCGUGGCCAUGGGAGUUAUUCUGCUCUUCUUGUAUCGGAAAUGGAUGUCUCAUAGGGCCUCGAGGGAGUCCUACGCGUGA